AUGCUGAUCGGAAAUUCAAAAUCUUCAGGGGAGGCACUAGCCCAAUGCCUCCAGGAGUCGGACUGUAUUAUGGUACAGCGCCAUUCGCCCCGUGAGUGUCUCAGCCCUCCUCAUGCCGAGGAGUUGCCUAUGAGAUGCCAGCAGCUGCGAAAAGGAUUCAGCGAGUGCAGGCGCGGUCUGAUUGAUAUGCGCAAACGCUUCCGUGGCAAUCAGCCCAUCUCGGUGUCCAAGGAAAUGGAAGGCGGAAAGUCCGGCAACGCGUCCUCUGGUGGACAGCUUUAUGCCGGGCAACCCGCAUACCAGACCGUCAAACCACUAAACGGCGACGAAGUGCAGAUGGAUCCUGAGAAGACACGAGGCCUGUAA